ACGCUACUAAACCCACUGUGUAUGAACUCGCCCUAUCCCCGCUUCGGUUUUCCAAAUCCGAAAUGACGACGGCGAGACAAUCUGAAGCCUUUCUCCGUUGCUUUGCCGCUCGCCUCGCCGCCCGAUCCAUAGCGACCUCCGCCGCCCGCCUCCAGAGCGUCGGGUGGUUCGACAAGAUCAAGGGCGUCUUCACCGGGAAACCCUCCUCCGACUCCAAGCCUUUCUCCCUCACCGAUUUCGCUGAUAAAUUGGACAAGGCGAGGAGACUGCGCUCGUUCAAGAAGUUCGACGUGGGUCGCUGUAGCGCGGCCACCGUUUCUGACGGUUUUAAGAAGCACUCUGCCAUCCUGCAGUACCUUGCGGCCAUCGACCCUUUCGGAGAGAACCUCCAAAACAGCCACAAACAGGAUGCAGCAAAGCACUGUAACUGUACAAUAGCUGAUGUUGAACAUAUAUUAGCAAAGUUCCAAUGGGCCAUAGAAGCACAAAAGAAGUUGGAUAAGUUAAAAGAAGAAGGGAAACCCAUGCCAAAGACCUUUGGUGAGGUUCAAAAGCUAAUGAGAUCAACACCGUUGGAUCUCGGGAGGUCUAAUUUGGCGAAGAGUGGGCAAAUAAGUAGGAAUGCUCUCUGCCCAUGCGGAUCUGGGAAAAGAUACAAAAGGUGCUGCGCAACAACCUAAAGUGGAAGCUUGGAUAUGGAGUUCCUUCCAAUUUUAUGUAGAACAUAAACAGAUUUUCAGAGCUGAACUUGUGUGAGUAUGAGAUCAAGGACUAAAUCCUCAAGCAGCUUCAACUUCGAACUAUUUCAUCGGCCUAUAAGCUCAUGUAAGAAGUUUGUUCCUCUCGUUCAUGUAGCAAGUAAGGAUAUUAAACUUUAUGUGGACAUAGCGAUCCAUCCUUAUGAUAGCGACAAACAAGCAAUUAGGUUCCGAAAUUGACAGAAUGUUAUGGCAUUAUCAAAGCUCUCUUUCUUUAA